AUGGUUUAUAUUACUGAUGAAGACGGUACAGUCAGAAAAUUUGCUUGUUUAACUUGUAUCAAGGGUCAUCGUUCUUCUGGAUGUCAACAUGCUGAUCGUGAACUAGUAGAAAUUCGAAAAAAAGGAAGACCUGUAUCUCAAUGUGCUCAUUGUCGUAAUCUUCGAAAGACAAAGCAAGUGCAUAUCAAAUGUUUGUGUCACAAAAAGUCAGAAGGUACAAAAAAUCAUCGUCAUCAUCAUUAUGAUUUUAUUCUUUACUCACUUUUUUUUUAA